UGUUCGGGUUUAUUUUUUGUUAUUACACUAGCAGGAAAGCUAUUAUUUUAUUCCGAUGAUUAAAAUAACUUGUAACAAAUUUGUAGAAUGAGCUGGUUACGAAAGAAAGAAAGAAUAAUAAUUCCGUGAAAAAUAAACAAAUCCUAGCUGCCAAGUGAACUAUGGCUUAUAAACCGAUGGUGAGAAACAGUUUGUUUAUGUCGCGGACCUGUCGACGAUAUAAACAAAUUUCUACCGGGAUCAACUACCGUCCGGCUUGCAAAAGUGCUACCGUGAAUCAUGAAUUUGGAACCGAUAAAUAACGCUUUGUCUCAGUUACGCGUGUUGCGAUCGAGUGUUGGGCAGGUUUUCGAAACCCUAGGUACUGGCGUGCGUACCGAUCAUGGCGAAGAAGGGAAGGAGCAGAAGUUUCUUCAAGAGCUACAGGAGUUGCUCAAUUCGGUCAAUGCAAAUCUCAAGGACUUUGAAUCCUGCAUCAACGAUCUGACGCCUUCGCAAACGCCGCUGAAUCUUGCCAACUCCGCUUACCUGUCGCUGGAGACAAACCUUGAGCGACAGGCCCUGUACCCGCAUCUGGUGCAAAGCUACAAAUGGCACGACAAACUACACGAAUACAGCACGUUCGCCUCGACACUGCUGCAGCAAAACUCCCUGAAACGCUCGUACUACACCAACACCAAGCGCAGACGUUCGCUUCCAUCGAGCCAUCUGGCCACGCCGCAGAUGGUGGAUAAUCUGAUCGGAAGCAUUCACUACAACAACAUGAACCUGAAGAUUGCGCGACCCUUCAUGACGAAUGCGAUUCUUCAUAUUACGAUUGCACGUGUUUUGCGGGCUGCGGUGAUACUGAAGGGACUCCUAAUUGAAUGGGUCACGGUGAAAGGAUACGAGGAGUCCCUGCUGGACGGGGUGGAUGAGCAGUGGACCGAAUCAAGGCAUCAAGUGUUCCGGAAAGUACAGGAUCAUGCACAUUCGGCAAUGUUGCAUUUUUUCUCACCCACCCUGCCAGAGCUGGCCAUUCGAAGCUUCAUUACAUGGUUCAGGAGCUACGUAACACUGUUUGCAGAUCCGUGCAAAAAGUGUGGAAAACAUCUACAUAAUACGCUACCGCCGACCUGGCGCGAUUUGAGAACGUUGGAACCAUUCCAUGAAGAGUGCAAACAGUAAGUUUCGUAUCGCAACAGGAAGCGUACGUCAAAAGAGCACAACCAUCUUGGUUGGUCAAUAGAUGGAAAGACGGGACCGUGUGCUACUUUUAAUGAAAACUCUCGAUUCUUCUAAUAAAAAGAUAUAUAAAACAGUCCAAAAUAAA